CGAAGAGGUAGAAAGUGACAGUUGUUGUGUCAUUAGUGUCAUCUUCGAUUUUUGAAGAUGAAGUUUGAUGAAAACAAAAAAUGUUGUUUGAAAAGCCAGCUAAUAAUGUAGCUUAAUCGAUUUUAAUGAAGAAAAAAUUACUUUCCAUCGGUCUAAAACAAAAUUCUUGUGAUAACUGCCAAAUAUGGAUAUUUUCACGGCUAUUUUCCUCGCCUGUAUUUCAGUAUUAUUCGGAGUAAUCCUAACUUUAUGUGUACAAUAUUACAUUCUUUAUGUUUACUUAAAAAACAGCCCUAGCGCGAAACCCUCGUUGAAUAAAGAUCCUGUUAACUACAGCCUACCGCAGGCGCUAAGGAAAAAAUUGGAAACUGAAGAUUUCUGUGACAAAGAGAAAGGCCGAAGUUUACCAAUUAGUUUAGUAUUACAAUUCCUAUUUCACGAAUUGCGACAUUCUGAAAUGAUCAAGAGAUGGCUGUACAAAAAACUGACUGUGGAAUUCGACGAACUAUUAACCAAAACGACUAUAGGGAAAUUCUUUGAUAGUAUUACAAUAAGAGACAUGCAUCUGGGAACGGAGUUUCCAGACAUCAAAGACAUAUCGGUAGACGAGGUAAAAGUGGAUAAAAAAGAGGGUUACAUCGAGAGCGUCAGUUUAUGCGUGAAAUUGGAUUACACAGGCAAUUUUUUAUUAAGUGUGGAUGGUAAAAUGAAAUUCGGCAAGACUGCUUAUCUUUCAAUAAAAGUAAAAAGAAUCACCGGCGAAGCCAGACUGGAAUUCUCCCGACAGCCUUACACACAUUGGUCGUUCAGCUUCUACACCGACCCGCUGUUGGAGCUCCAAGUGGAGUCCCACUUUCAGGGCAGGCAGCUGCAAAGCAACAUCACCAAUUUGAUCGUUAACCAGAUCAAAAAGGCCAUCAAAAGGAAGCACACCCUGCCCAACUACAAAUUGAGGUACAAACCGUUUUUCUCCAAAACCGAUCCCAGCCAAUUGGACGCCGAAGACAACGAAAUCGUACCCCAAGGACAGUUAGAAAUAACCUGCAUCGAGAUAUCGAGACUUUCUUUACCAGCCGGCAUUCAAAAUAUUUACUGCACCAUGUGCUUGGACACCAUCCCUUGGAUGUGCUUGCACCAAAGAGACGACGCCUUCUACGUGACCUUAGAGAUAACGAUCAGCAAGGCCAGGCAGGCGCCGCUCGGCGUCGUCUUUAAGCAGGACCAGGGCGCCGUCGCGGUGGAGAGCGUCUCGACGUUCGGCGCCGCCUACAAGUCGGGCCUGCAGCCCAACGACGUCGUGCUGGCGGUGGACAACCGAUCGGUGCAGACCGUGCCGCAGGUAGCCAAAUUGAUCAAAUCCGUCGCCGCCGCCAAUUACACGUUGAAGGUGGAGCGGGUCGCCGAGAACUAUCGCAUCAAAUCGAAGUACUCCGCGGACGAGACCGAGAGGAGAGAGCCGUGUCCGACCGCAGAGGUGCCGGAAGAGAACGAAUUAGCCAGAGAGCAAAGCGAUCAAGACGGUUUCGUGAUGGUCGAAACGCAGCCGAAAGACACAAAAAAGCGAGUUCCUAAGAUUAUACCGUCGAACGAGAACAUGGCCAAGUUCGCUCAAACUAUUGGAAAUUUCAGUUUGAGGAAAAGGAAGACGUCUUUAUCAGAUAGCGGAAGCGCCAAAACCACCCCCGCCUCCAGCACGCCCUCCACCCCAUCGAAGCAACCCCAAUCCUUUACGCAUAAGAAAACUGUUAUAUCCGAUAUACCGGAAAUCACUACUACGGACAUGGAGAACGGACAACCUGAAAUUCCCGUUAAUAUCGAGGUACACAAAAGCAAAGAGACGCCGCUGCAAAACUCCAUCGUCCUGCAAUUGAACGAAGAUUUCCAAUUCGCCCUGAAGGAGCCCUUCAAGUAUUUGAACGUAAACGCCUGGGGCACCCAGGAGAACGGCGACAAGGACGUGCUCCUCGGCUACGCCAACAUACCACUAAACCACGUGCUGGCCGAAUGUUGCAACAGCUUUCUGGGGAACUACACGCGCUGCUACUCGUUCCUGCCGCCGAACAACGCGCCGCAAUCGCACCCGUUGCUGAUGCACUCGGGCUUCGAGCAGGUGUUCUGCUACGGCGACGUCCUGCUGGCGUUCGUCUGGUCGCACGACGACGUCGUCGAGAUGAAGAGGAAGGCGCCGGAGGCGGCGGCGGCGCCCGGCGACGGGCCCAAGCCGACGGAGGCGGCGGCCGGGGCGCAGCACGAUUUCGUCCGGACGCAGUUCCACCGGACGACGCAUUGCGAUUUUUGCUCGAAAAAGAUAUGGUUGAAAGACGCCGUGCAAUGCAAGCAGUGCUCGCUGUGUUGCCACAAGAAAUGCAUCAUAAAAUGCCAGACGAGCAAAGGUUGUAAUCCCAACAACAAAAACGAAGGAUCUGACGGUCCGGAAAUAACCAUGACAGAAAUAGGAGAGGAUAUCGCCAUAGGAAACGGCUUGAAACGAGUCAACAGCGUUAACAAUCUAACCAUACCCGGUUCUCCGUAUGCGGGGGGCACAUCUAGGAGUCUGCCGCCGUCGCCGCAGCGCACUCCCAGCAGAAAGCAGUCGCUGACGAACGCGAAUCCGUUCGUGACAUGCCCGGAGGUGUUGGACGAGGUGCAAAGGAAUCCGGCCGAAGCGUCCGAUGCGAUCGAUAAGCUGCUGGAGCAGGUGAUGCAGUGUCCGAACGACGAGACUCUAAUGGACGCCGCCAAAGACACGGGCAGGAGCAUGUACGCUCACUUGUCGCACGAAGAGCGAGUCGAGAAGAUGAAUUUGAUGAUGAGCGAGCUGAAGAAGUGCCUCGAUUCGGUGACUAUGCAGCACAUGGACCUGUCGAAGCGCAUGGGUAGCGAGGAUUCCGAGGUGGAAAAGGCCAAAUUGGCGUUUCUGAUGGGCAAGGCUGAUGCGAAAGUGCACGGUUUGUCGGUGCUGAUGUUGCACUAUUGUUCUAGUUUGCAGCACACGCAAGAUAAAAUUAUUUAGGCGAAUUAAAACGGCACAACACCGGCACUAAUAGUUACGUAAUUAAUUAGUACUGAUUUUUAGGUAGGAUUUAAAGUGAUUUUUUAGGAAUGAAUUUAUUAAAACAAUUGUGCACUUGUAAGAUGACGUUUGUCAUGUCGACGCACCGUUUGUAAAUAUUCGAAAAAAAAAAAGGAAAAUGUUGAAACAGACCCAGACAAAAAAAUAUUUUAUAUUCUUUCGACUUUGUUAGCUACACCGUAGCGACUCGACAAUUUUAAUUUUGCGGUCGUAGAUGAUAAUUUCUUAGGACAUAUCGUAGUAAAAGUGCCAACGGUUCUCUCAUUCAAACGUAUUUAAAAAAAUAUUCUAGUCAAUUAUCGAAUUGUGCUUGUACUUUUUAUCUGCUGCAAUUGUCACGAGGUAAAUCAGUAUCGUUAUAACGUAUUAAUGAAAACUCGAAAUAAUAUAUAUAUUUUGUAAAAAAAUUAUUUUAAAACUAAUUUGGGACUUCACAUUUGUAAAAAAACAGAAGUUUGUUUUACGAAUGCGACUUUACUGCAAUUUUUUUAGAAAUGUGAAUGUGGCUUUACUUAAGUAGAUGUAAGAAAUAAUGUGAUAAAAUUAUUUUAGUAAUUAAUUUAUUAGCGAUCGCCUUAUUAUUGUACAAGAGGCUUUUAUUUGUAGGUUUUUAUCUUAAGAAUAAAUUUACAAACCAAAAAUCAGCUCGUACCUAACGGUUUUUGAUAUUUAGCCUGUAUCCAUACUCUGUACAUUUUUAGUAACUUACCUCUGUUCACCUGCAGUCUCCUAUCCACUUUAUUCUCGACUUCUCCGAACCCCUGAUGUUCGAAUAAAGCUUUAAUUUCAUCUAAAAAUACAACAUACAGGUCAAAGGGUCUAUGAAAUAAAUAAAUUAUAAUGUUAUAAUACCUUGAGUGAAAAAGUACACUCUGGUCCCAUCGCCUCUGACGUAGAAAUUAUCUCCUAAACUUUUACCUGGUUUGAAUCUCAAUUGCGCCAAAUCGUACCGCCCAUAAUCUCGAAACAACACCAACCCGCCCGGUUUCAAAUACUUGUAUAUAUUUCCAAUCACUCUCGCAUACCUGGAAUAAUUCAAACGUUAGUACAAUCAUACCACAUUAGAAAUUAAUUACCUCUCGGGAUUAAUAGCCGAUAGUACGAACACCAAAACCACGACAUCUAUGCUAUUCUCCGAGAAAGGUACGUUCCAAAUCUCAUCCGUAGCAUCCAACUCGAAGGCUUCGCACCUACUUUGAUCGUAUUCAGGUGAACUUUUCAAAAUCUCUAUGGCUUUAGAGGAGAAAUCCGAUCCGUACACUUUGAGGUUUUUGUUUACAGAGUAUUGCAAUAUCGGGAACACUGUAUUUCCUACCCCGCAGCCGAUUUCAAACACCGUUUUCGCGCCGGACGAACCGGACUCCUCGGCUAAUUCGGGGAAUUCCGUGAAAAGCCAAUGGCGGUCUUUGAAGAAUCUGUUUGUGUGUAUAUCGUAGAAUUCGUUCCAAAAUCGGUUGGCUUCAUUUUCGUAUUUGUCCACUUCCUCUUUCGUUAGUUUCACAGCGCUGUUAUCUAGCACUUUCUUCUGGGCUUGCUUCUCUUGGAUAUCAUCCCAUUCUACGUCGUCC